AUGAAAAAAUUUAAUGAUUUGAAACAAUUCGAUCAAACUUUGUUGUUAUACGAUGAAUAUGAGAAAUCUCAUCCAGCACUUAUUUCGAACAAAGUUUUAACACAGGUGUUGAAAGCAUCAACACACUUAUUGGAUAAACAUCGUAGUUUGACAAUUGCAAAGAAGAUUUCUUUAUCAUCAAUGAAUGAUACGUAUCUUUUAGCAUCACUUAUUCAUAUGUUUAUACAAUUUGAUCAGAUUGGUGAAGCAGAACAAGUUUUCCAACAAUCAAGAAUUCGUUCUCAAACAAUGUUUUUAACGAUGAUUAAAGGUUAUCUAAAACAUGAAAUGGUUGAACAGGCUUUUGAUUUAUUUGAGAAAAUCACCAAUCCGAAUGAAAUCCUUCUCAUUCAAAUCUUCAAUACAUGUGCCAAAUUAGAAAACCAAAAGGCUUUGAAUUGUGGAAGAAAAUUCUUCGAACAAAUGCCGAUUGAAUAUGAAAAGCAUCAGUUUUUAAUGAAUUCCGCCUUUAACAUGUUUAUCAAAUGUGGAGAUUCGACUUUUGCAGAGAGAAUUUUCAAGAAAAUUCCAAGAUUCUGCAUUGGUUACGGAAGAUUAAUGAAAAUAUUUAAUCUCGAAAAACAACCGGAGAAAACAAUCGAUUUGUAUGAACAAAUGAAACACGACGAAAUCAAACCGGAUCGAAUUAUUUACCUUCUAUUGAUCAAUGCUUGUGCACAAAUCGGUUUAAAAUCAAUUUGUCAACGAAUUGUUGAUGAAAUACCAAAAGAUCUCCUUUUGGAUCAUCCAAUUCAAACUUCACUAAUUUACAUGUGGGGCAAAUCUGGUUCAAUUCUCAAAGCAGAAGCCUUAUUUGAAAAAUUCUUUCGACCCGAUGCGAUAACUUAUAAUUCAAUGAUAAACGCAUAUGGUUUGAACGGAAUGGUCGAUAAAGCGUUGGAACUUUUCCAUCGAAUGUCCAAAGAUAUCCGUGACAAUUAUACAUUUGUUUGUAUUUUAAAUUCUUGUUCACACACAGGACGUGUAGAUCAAGCUCGAAGAAUUUUCAAUGAAAUUCCAUUAAAAACACAACAAAUUUAUACUGUUAUGGUUGAUUGUCUUUGCCGAGCAUCAUUACUUGAAGAAGCUCAACAAUUAAUUAUUCAAUCAGAAUUGGUGAAUCCUCCAUGGUUACCCAUGUAUAUGGCAUUAUUAUCAAGUGUUCGCCAUCAAAGAGAUGAACGUUUAGCGGAAAAAAUCGUUCAACAAAUGACAAAAAUCUUUCCUAAAGCAGAAAAAGGAUUGAUCUCGGCUUCCGUUCUUUUGUCAAAUGUUUAUGCAAUGACAGGUCAACUGGAGAAAGCUGAGACACUUCGAACGAAUUUAAUUCAAUCAGGAAAGAAAAAAGAAAUCGGUUUAACAUGGACUGAACUCAACGGAAAGAUCUGGAAAUUCCGCGCACAUGAUAAAUCCCAUCCUCAAUCCUCACAGAUUUACGAAGAACUUGAUCGAAUAAGUAAAGAACUUAUUGAAUACGGACAUGAAUUUCAUUCGAAUUCCAUCACUCGAUCGAUAUCUUCUCAUGAAACUAUUCAAUCCGUUCUAUGUGGACACUCCGAAAAACUUGCGAUAGCCUUUCAUUUCAUCCAAUCAACACGUCCAUCUCACAUUCAAAUAACCGAAAACCUGCGCAUCUGUGAAGAUUGUCACGCUGCGACAAAAUUAAUCGCUCGGAUUCGUCAAUGUGAGAUCAUCGUCAGAGAUGCGAGUUGUAUUCAUCAUUUUGAUCUCAAUGGAAAUUGUUCCUGUCAAGAUUAUUUCUGA